UAACUAUAAAGUUAUUUAACCUAAAGAACGAUAAUCUGAUUUAAAUUUGCGUUUAUUUCAAACUAAUUUUAUCCACCGCUCACAAAGAAAGUUUGUACACAUGAAUAAUGUGUCCUGACAUUUGAUAUUCGGUUUGGGGAUUUAUGUUUUUGUUUUUUGCAAAACAGGAGUUUUUGGAUAUACAUCGAUAUUUCCUUUCAUCUGUGUGAACCCGAACCUAGAAAAAUCAAAGGCGGUGGGAAAUUGCAAACUAGUUUAAAAAACAGUUUUUAAACGGCGGAGUGUUGAUGCAGGAUCUUGAACGCAGCACAGUUGGUCCGAAGCCACUUCAUCUCUACGUCAUUUCCGUCACACAACCUUCUCCCAUAGUUUUGUCUAAGAUGGCGUCAAUGCAGUUAACGGAUGAGGAGCUUUUCUCCGAACUGAAGCGGCUUGGGUUCACCCCGGGCCCGGUUACUGAAAAUACUCGACCCGUGUAUUUGAAGAAACUUAAGAAGCUUCGCGAAGAGCAACAACAGCGGGGCUCCAGGUCAGGAAAACCCCGAAGCGGCGCGGUCGUCAACAGCAUCAUUGGCGGCGGCAACACGACGGGAUCCAGGCCAGCCAGCCAUGACGUCACGCAGCCGAGCUCUAACAGGAGACCGGGCCGGAAGUCGUCCGUCCUCGGCUUUAGCUCUGACGAGUCUGACGCCGAAAUCCCGCUUAAAAGAAAGGGCCUCAAUCACAGCGGCAGGGUGGACCGAAGCCCUGCAUUCCAACAACCGAAGCCAAGGCCAAUCACACCGACUGUGGUCAACAAGAACCAUCAUGGCGCUGGGAGUCCGCUAAAUAGCAACGAUUCUUCCCGUAGUCCGGACGGUCACAGAGGCGUCUCGCUGGUCUGGGGAGCUCGCGCCAGAUCCAGCCCCGAGGCGGAAGGGAGGGAUUACGACGAAUCGGGAGACGAGGAUGAUAAUGAGCAGGCGACUGAGAAAAACUCUCGCUCUUUGAAUGGUUGUGGAGCUUCGCAUUCGACCCCCAGUAAGUUAGCGGGGGAUUAUUCAGACUCAGACGAGGAGGAGGCUAAUCUUGGCGCCGAAGACCGACGGCGGGAUAGGCUCGGGGGGCAUCGGAGCCACACGAAAGCGGCGUUCCUUUCCCAAGGAGUCGGUCGAGGGCCUCAGACGGGAGGGGCAGCCAGGGAGGCUAGCCCGUCUGGGAGUGUGAACAUGGUGGGAAGAAGGAGGGAGGAGGGGGAGGAAGACGAGUUGAGAAGAAGGGACUCAGAUCCUCCGGGGGGCAUGCGGAGCCUCAACUUUCCCAGGAAGGCCAUCUACGUGUCCCUAGCAGAGAACCACGACAGGGAGGCCGACCAGAACAACCACGUCGACAGCGGGGAUGGAUACUCCAGAAGUGGCGACAUCAGUAGGUUUAGCAUCGGGCUAAGACCGCGCUUCUCCAGCUACAGCAGUCUGUCACAGCCGUACAGGAGCAACCACUCCAACCACAGUACUUCCAACCACACGUACAGCCAGGCGGCCCUGAAGCAGAAGCUGUCUCCUCCGGAGGAUGAGCUGCUCCAGCAGUUCAAAAGAGAGGAGGUGACCUCCCACGGGAGCUUCAGUGCUCACUACCUUUCCAUGUUCCUGCUCAUAGCAGCCUGCCUCUUCUUUCUGCUGCUGGGCCUCAUGUACCUGAGGAUGAGAGGCUCCGGAGCCACAGAGGCGGACGCAGUCAUUAAGAGCCACCCCUUUGGCAGCGACUUUGACUCUUCUUAUGACAAAGUAAAGAAGGACGUGAUCCUACAACUGCUGCUCAGUCUACACGACCAUCUGGCCCACAUUGCAGGUCAGCAUGAGUGUGGAGAGCUGGAGAUUCUGAACCGGAGUCUGUCCAUUGAUGAAGCCUCUGCAUAUCUACAGGCUCAGAAUCAGCAGUUUGAAGGAUUAGUUCUGGAGUCUCUGGAGUGGAUUAUCCGGUCAGACCAGGAUGUAGGGAUCAGGCUGAUUGGACAGGUACCUGACGAUCCUGUGACCGAUAUCAACGAGAUCUCGCGGCUGGAGUCCACACAUCCCAAUAUGCCCUUCGUUUGCCGCUUCCGCCGGGCGUUCCUCACCGGCAUCAGCAGAGUCUUUGUCUUUUUAGUUGCGGUCGGCCUCGUGUGGAGCGUCGUCUUCUACAUCAAGUAUCGAUGGAGGCGAGAGGAGGAGGAGACCAGGCAGAUGUACGACAUGGUGGAGCGGAUCAUCGGUAAAGAACUUGACUCACUGUCAGGAGAUAAAACCUUCUCUACAUGUCUGUUCUUCUCUGCUACACUGAGGUCCGACCUCACAGAGGUGACCAGGACUAAUAUAAAGCCUUCGCUCAGCUGUGACAAGAGCACCUCCAUGCCCUCCAAAGUCUGGCAGGGAAAAGCCUUCCCUCUGGACCGGAGGAACUCCCCCCCCAACAGCCUGACGCCGUGUCUGAAAAUCAGGAACAUGUUUGACCCAAUCAUGGAGGUGGGGGAGAACUGGGACCUGGCCAUCCAGGAGGCCAUCCUGGAGAAGUGCUGUGACAACGAUGGAAUUGUUCACAUCGCUGUUGACAAGAACUCAAAGGAGGGCUGUGUGUAUGUGAAGUGUCUCUCUGCAGAGCACUCAGGGAAAGCCUUCAAGGCUCUGCACGGCUCCUGGUUUGACGGCAAACUGGUGACGGUCAAGUACCUUCGUCUGGACCGAUACCACCAGCGCUUCCCGCAGGCCCAGUCGUGCACCACGCCCAUGAAGGCCUCCGGCCCCCACCUCAGAGCCGUGGGCUCCACGGACGGUACGGCCAGCCGCGCCUCCACCUCCUCCUCCUCCUCCUCCUCAGGCUUCUCAUGAGACGCGGGUCAGUGUCAGAGACGGCGUUUUCGUCCUCCCAGCGUCACGCACCAGUUGCUGCUGCUCCUUUUACUGCUUUACAACAUGAACGACUUCAGUCCGUGUCAGCGGAGAGCUACUUUUAUUAUUUUUUUCUACAUUAUUUUCAAACUGUGUCUUUUACAAAAGAAUGCAGUUUUGAGUUGAAUAGAAUUUUUUUUUUUUUUUUUACUUCUUUCACCGUUGUUUUAAACCAACCAGGGAAGAGAAGCUGUUCUGGAAUGAUCUAACACACACACACAUACACGUACACGUAUGUUCUCCAGGCCGCUCCCUCCUCAGCCAAUCACAGACCGGCUGCUGUUUCAGAGCGUACCUGGAUCUAAGCUUUCAUGAGAACAGAGCAGAUGAUUGGCUGAAUGUGUCCAACGUACUCCUGAUGUUAUGAUUAUUAUAAUUAGUAUUAUUGUUGUUAUUAUUAUUACUCUGAUUAUUGUUGUUGUUUAGAGAAACGAGGCGACGACGGUUGCGUAAACGAGCGUCGUCUCCGCCUUCAUCGUCGUCAUCAUCGCGUGGUCACCUGAUCCUACAGACGAACCAUAAGCUUAUUUAUGUUGCCGCCAUAGACUGCACUCCACAGGUGGACCCAGGGUUCUGGUUCUGGUUCUGGUUCCACAGUGUGGUCUGAUUUAAACCACACUGACAAUCACGGAACAGACCUGGGAUGGUUCUAACUCAGUCGUGCCAUGUUCUCGUCUCCUGUUAAGAUAUUUUUUUCAAAGGCGUCACGUUCUGUUGAGGAACUGACCGUCGUCGAACACUCGCUAACGUUUUCACAGAAAAUCAACUCACUUUAACCUCACCAGUACCAUAGAAAUCCUGUUCAUUCUCACUGCUAAUCUGGAGUUGGAGGAACUUUUCAAACGGAAAGACCCGGUUCUCCUCCUGGUCCGCAGACGACCCCCUGCAGGUGCAGCAGCAGAACUGCAGUGACCGUGUGGACUGGGCUCCUGUGUUGGAUGUUUUUGUUUGUUGUUGUUGUUGUUUUUUUUUUCUAGUUUUACAUUUUUCGUCCUGUUAUAUAGAGGUGUUUACUCACAACAGUGACCUGAACCUUUUCUACUGCAAAUAUAUUCCAAAUGUACCCGGCUUUUUCUUUAUUAUUUAUUACGUUAAAUUUGGGUCAUGUUCUCCUGUUGGUGGCGCUGCUGGCAUUUCUGAGGGAAUCCACAUUUUGUUUUUCAUUCAAGUCGCCCAUUUCUACUGUCUUUACUUUGGACCAACAAACCAAAGGGGGGGGGGCUGCGAGUGGGUUCUGUCCUGUCGUCACUCCCGUCACAAACAGACGUUCUCCUCUCAGAACAGUCAGACCCAGGUCACCGUCACGCUUCUCUCCGCCACGAGUGUCUGUCAGUGUUUUAACACUAUUUUAACUGCCCCCACCUCAGGGGGGGGGGGGGGGGGCUGGGUGUGGUUGUGUGUUUGUCCAGCACCUGUGUAUUCAGAUGAAUUUUUCUUUUUUUUUUUUUUCCAGUAAAAUCCAGGAUCUGAAUGUUGGACGUUGGUUCAGUAUUUGCAGUGUGAAAUUGUACAAACGAUGCACAUUUCAGAAGUUCACGCUCUGCUGCGGUCGGUAGCAGAAAACACAAGAGUGCCUUAAAAAUGUUCUUUUCCUUUUUUGUAAAAAAAAAACAAAGCAAAAAAUGAAAAAAAAAAACAAAAACCCAACAGUUGGCACUGCAUUACUCAUCGUCCUGGAUCCACAGAGCUGAGUGAGUCAGACCUGCCGUAGACCUAGAUCCUCUAGAUUUCCUGUUUUUUUUUGUUUGUUUUUUUUGGUAUUUUGUAGACGUUUACUUUCAUAUUAAACCAAAUGCUUUUUCUAUUUAUUUCUUCAGUUGUUUGUUUGUGACCAGCCAUGUUGAUGCACACGAGCUCCACUAUACCUGUUAAUGUAGUGACCGUGUCUCCACACGUGGACUGAUCGUCAGGUUCGGAAUUUGUCUGUCGUCGGGACGAGCAUGAGGACAAAAAAAAAAAAAAAUGAAGUGAAGACGUCAAAGAGUGCUUCACUGGCAUCUAUUUUUGUACUUCACUAGACCGGGGGUGUCUCACCCCCCUCCUCUCUCCCCCUCACCUCCCUCACCCGCUGUCUUUGAGGCUGAGUGUAAAUAGAGAUGUUUGGAUGUUUGGACUCCUCCUCCUCUCCUCCUCCAGGCUCCUGCUUCACCUAUAGAAACAUUCUUAUCUUGAUGUACGUUAUGUAAACACUGUACAUUGAUAUAACUGUAGUAUGUACCAUUAUUCGCAGCUUUAUUUCCAUUUCAUUGUACGUUUGUUUUUUUUGUUUGUUUUUUUGCCAGUGUCCCUAAUCUGCUAGCCAGAGCGGGGGGGAGGUGUGAAAUAAGAGACAUUUGAAAGGAAACAUUUUAACGAGACGUUUUGAUGUAAUUUGUCACUUGUACAAACAAUUAAAAUUAAAGAUUUAUUAGGCGUUUUUAAAA